CUUUUUUAUUGCAACACAAGUGCGACGUACCAAACUUACCAAACGUUGCCUUUGAUCAGUAUUAUUUUAGUCACUCCCAUCUAACUUGAUAGACAAAGGGUUCGCAAUCUUUUUUUGCUAAACUCUUUAUUUAUUUAUUUCAGCUUUAACUUUAUCACUGUUGUCAAUCAUAUCCAAGCAAAUUUCAUACGAAAUUUUAUUUAGUAUUUAUUCAAAAUGGUCGAAGCUCAAACACGCGAAGAUUACGUUUACCUUGCCAAGCUCGCUGAGCAGGCUGAACGUUAUGAAGAAAUGGUCGAAAACAUGAAACAAGUCGCUUCUGCCGAUCAAGAACUAACUGUUGAGGAACGUAAUCUCUUGUCUGUUGCCUACAAAAACGUAAUUGGAGCUCGAAGAGCUUCCUGGCGGAUUGUCUCUUCAAUUGAACAAAAAGAAGAGUCUAAAGGAAACGAGACUCAAGUUAGCUUCAUCAAAGAAUAUCGUUCAAAGAUCGAAGAAGAAUUGACCAAAAUAUGUGAUGAUAUUUUGGAAGUACUGGAUAAUCAUUUAAUUCCUUCAGCUGCUACCGGUGAAUCUAAAGUAUUUUACCAUAAAAUGAAAGGGGAUUACCACAGAUAUCUUGCGGAAUUUGCUACUGGUGAUAGACGAAGUCAAUCUGCAGAUAAAUCCUUGGAUGCGUAUAAAGCUGCUAGUGAAGUUGCAGUUACUGAACUUGCUCCAACCCAUCCAAUUCGAUUGGGAUUAGCCUUGAAUUUUUCAGUUUUUUAUUAUGAAAUUUUGAAUUCUCCUGAUAAGGCUUGUCAUUUGGCCAAGCAAGCAUUCGAUGAUGCUAUUGCUGAAUUAGAUACCCUUUCUGAAGAAAGUUACAAAGACUCGACAUUAAUUAUGCAGUUAUUGAGAGAUAAUUUGACACUUUGGACAUCAGAUAUGCAGGAAGGGACUGAAAAAGCCGAAGCUCCAAAAGAAGAAGAAACCACUGAACCAAAGGAAGAAGCAGAAGCUUAAUUAUCAUUUAGCAUUUCAACAUAUACAAUUAUGUAAACAGUUCAUUCCUUUUAGCGAUUUUUUUUUUUUCUCGUGUACCAUAAAAUUAUAAUUAAGUAAUUUGGGUGCCAAUAUAUAACAUAUAUAAUAUGUUAUAUAUGUAGGAUGGCUGGUUUAAAUAAUUUAGUCAUAUUAUUUUAUUUUAUUUACAAUUUUUUAUAUUCAUUUAGUUCACUCAGAUACGGAUAAAUAUAGAGCAUUUGUAGAAAUCUGGGUUUUGGCUUAUAUAAAUUUUAUUUUAUUACUAUGUUAGAGCAAUAUAUACUUGAUGAUUUAGCAGUUCUUUAUUUGUUUCUUGAUUCGAACCUCAAAUGAUCUAUUUUUAUUAUUAAAUUAACAAAUGUAUUUAAUAAAAUGAUUUGGGUUCGUUGUUAAUAUAAACAAAUAAUUAGAAAUAGAUAUAUAAAAUUCAAAAG